UUAAAUCUUUAUGUACCAUUAUUACCUGCAACGCAGGUUUAUAGAAACCAGUUUUGAAAAUACAUGUAAUUUGGUGUUGAUGGUAUUAUUUUCUAAAGGGGUUAAUCAGAGUUUACUCUCGAAAUAAUUUUUGUUAGGGUUUCAAAUUCAUUUCCAAUCUCUAGGGUUUCUACUUCAACAGUUCACCCUGAUUUCAAUGGCGUAACUUCCGUUCGCCGGCGAGUUAUUUCGGUCACCGUCACAAACUCCGCGCUCGUCCUUUCUCCCGCUUUUCAUUUUCUGAAUAGAGUAGAUGCUUCUCUAGAUAGGAGAGCUCAACUUUUGUAUUCAGAGUCAGGAAGUGGUGGACCUAUUGAUGGGUGCACCAAAGCAGAAGUGGACAUCAGAAGAAGAAGCUGCCCUUAAAGCUGGUGUAGCGAAGUAUGGGGUUGGAAAAUGGAGCACCAUACUCAAAGAUCCAGAGUUUGCUGCUGUGUUGCGCUCUCGCUCAAAUGUGGAUCUGAAGGAUAAAUGGAGAAAUCUACAUGUCAUGGCAAAUGGUUUGGGGUCUCGGCAUCAAGGAAGGGUUGUCUCUAAAAGUGUCCAGCCCAAGCAGAGGCGUGAUGACAACUCCUUGCUUGUUAGCACCGCGGUUGAGAAUGAUAUAGAAGUUCUUGAUCCUAAACCUCUUGCAUCGUCUGGUGAUGCACUGGAGGAUGUUGGUUGUGAAAAACCGAUUUGUAGAUUGGACGAUCUUAUAUUGGAGGCAAUAGCCAAAUUGAAGGAACCCCAUGGAUCUCGUCGAAAUGCAAUUUUGUCUUACAUAGAGGAGUGGUAUACGGCACCUCCAAACUUUGAAAGACUGUUGGCAGCAAAUUUGAAGGUGUUAACUGAUAAAGGAAGACUGAUAAAGGUAAGGCAUCAAUACAGGAUUGCUCCGAGUAGAUUAUCAUCUGGUACCAAGGGAGGCCAUCUCCCUUUUCUUAUGGAUGGAAAGGAGGAUUCCACUAUGAUAGAAAAGAAUGAAAUUAGAAUACGGACUAAAGCACAAGUUGAUGUGGAGUUAGAGCAGAUGAAGAGCAUGACUGCAGAGGAGGCUGCUGCAGCUGCUGCAC